AUGUCUAAUUCAUAUGGAUUAAUCGACGAGGACCAAAGAAUGCGAUCUAAAUAUAGAUCUAGAGUCUGCUCGUUCACUACUAUCGUGAUUAUAACCCUAGUUAUAAUGAUAUUUAUGUUUAUUUUCAGUAAUUUGAAAUAUAUUAUGGAUAAUGACAGCUUUAUAAUUACUCCGGACCCAAAUCUGGUUAUUGCCAAGCACGGUGCUGUCGCAUCUGAAGUUGCAAAUUGUUCGCAACAUGGUGUUGACAUUUUGAAAGAAGGAGGAAAUGCAAUUGAUGCGGCAAUAACUAGCAUGCUAUGUGUUGGCUCUAUUGAUACAUUUGCUUCUGGAAUUGGAGGUGGUGGAUUCAUGACUAUUAGGUUGCCAAACGGACACUAUGAAAUAAUCGAUUUCAGAGAAACUGCUCCACUUGCUGCUAAAAAGGAUAUGUUUGUUGAUAAACAAGUUUUUGCUUCUGUUGGUGGCUUGAGUAUCGGUGUACCUGGUGAAAUUGCAGGAAUGAAACUUGCACAUAAAAAGUAUGGUAAACUACCAUGGAAACGCCUUUUCGAGCCUAUAAUUAAUAUGUGCCGCAACGGGUUUCCCGUGACGUCAGAACUGGGACUUCGAUUAAAAAUGUUUCGUGAGAUAGUUGUAAAUAAUCCACAAUUAUCUGAAAUCUAUGCUCCAAAUGGCAACUUGUUAAAAGAAGGACAAAUUCUUUAUCGAACUAAGUACGCUAAGACUCUAGAAACUAUCGCUAACAAUUACACUGAAUUCUAUAGGGGUUCAAUCGCAGAGUCAAUGAUAAAAAGAGUCAAAGCUACUGGUGGUAUUAUGACUCUCGAGGAUUUAGAAAAUUACCGUCCCAUCGUGCGUGAACCUCUCGUUGGAUUUUAUCGUGAUCGAAAGAUCGUGACGGCGCCGGAACCGGCAAGUGGUACCAUAUUAAUAUUCUUAUUGAACAUCUUGGAAAAAUACGAAUCGAAAACUAAUCAAAUUAACGGUCUUGAUUUGCAUAGAAUUAUUGAAGCAUUAAAAUUCGGUUAUGCGAGACAUACUGAAUUGGGCGACGCGACAUUUUUUGAGAAUAAAACCGAACAUGAAUUAAGGAUAACAGAAAUUUUAUCAAAAGAAUACGCAGAUCUAGUACGGCUCAAUAUAUCUGAUAAUGAAACGUUCGAUCUCGAUUAUUAUGAUCCAGUAUAUGAACCUAUAGAUGAUCAUGGAACGUCACAUUUGUCUGUUGUUGAUGUAGAUGAUAUGGCUGUCUCUGUUACUUCUUCAAUUAACUGGGCAUUUGGAUCACAAGUAAUGGAUCCCGAUACAGAAAUUCUAUUUAAUGACCAAAUGGAUGACUUUUCAUUUUAUUUUUAUUUUUUACAAAAAGAACCUGGAAAAAGACCACUUUCAUCAAUGGCUCCGACGAUAAUUGAAAAAAACGGAAGAUUUGAAUUAGCAAUUGGUGCAAGUGGAGGGAAGAGAAUAAUUUCAUCUAUGUUACAGAUUAUAUUAAAAAUAUGUGAUUUUGACAUGAAUCUCGCGGAUGCUAUAAAUUCACCAAGAUUUCAUCAGCAAUUAUUACCUAAUAUGGUAUAUGUAGAUUCUGGAUUUCAUUUUGACCUUAUAAGGCAUUUGUUAGAUAUUCAUCAUGUUGUACAAAUACAUAAUAUCAAUCGUAGAGAAUUUUCAUCUCAAAUUCAGGCAAUUCGAAAAUUUGAAAAUGGAACUAUUCAUGCAAAUAAUCCAUAUGCUCAAAAUCAUAAAGAAAUUAUUAAUAAACCUUUACAACAAGAAAACCCAAUUUUUGACGUACCACUUCCAAAGAAACAACCAAGAAAACUUAAUAUUGGAAACGCGUACUCUUCUAAUAUUGAUUUUGAAGUUGCAAACGCUAUAACUGUCAGUAAUAAUUCAACAAUACAAGAAUGUGAUCGUUUUCGUAUGAGAAGAGUAAAAGUUGAUUAUAAAAAUAAUCCAUUUAUAAAUUGGAAAAUUAUGCCAAAUCUUUUCAAAGUUCCUAAAAAUUGUUACGCAAGAUGCAGUAAAACAGAAACGAUAAUUAAUGGAAAUCAUAUACGUAUUGAUGGAUUUUCUGUUAUUCCUAAGAAUAUGGAUCCUGAUGCAUUUUUUGAAAUGGAAAUAGAACUUAAUGAGGAUUUUAGUUAUUGUGAUAAAAUCGAAGUACGUGACGAAAAUAAAUCUGAUGAAAACACAAUUUUAUCUCAAGAUGGAAAAUUCAGUAAUGAAAAAACGACACAGAAAAUACGUGUUAAUCAUAUUCGUAAUGACCAAUACUUUAAAUCAAAUGAAGCAAACUCUGAGAAAAUACAAUACGUAUUAAAGGGAGGUCGAUUCGUUCAGGAAAGGGAUGGGCCUCCAUCUUCUGUUCAUUUGUAA